AUGAAACGCAAAGUCCUCCUCAUGGGUCAAUCGGGGUGCGGUAAAACCUCCAUGCGCUCCCUCAUCUUCUCCUCCUACCGUGCCUCCGAUACCCGACGGCUUGGCUCCACUCUCGACGUUGAACAUUCUCACGUUCGAUUCCUCGGCAACCUAGUCCUCAACCUCUGGGACUGUGGUGGACAACAAUCAUAUAUGGAUUCCUAUCUCGACAAGCAACGUUCUCAAGUCUUCUCCACCGUCGGCGUUCUCAUUUAUGUUUUCGAUCUAGUCGGAGCCGAGGGUGGCGAUGAGGGGGAUGAGGAAUGGGAGCGUGAUCUGCGAUACUACAAAGACUGUCUUUCAGCGCUUUAUCAGUUUAGUCCUGAUGCACAGCUUUUUUGUUUGCUACACAAGAUGGAUCUUGUCGACAAAAGCAGGAGGGCAAACGUGUAUGCGGAGAGGGUUAGGGAGUUGAGGAAGAAAAGUAGAGAAGUGGCGAUGCAAGCAGGUGGCAAGGAGGGAGAAGGAUUCAGGGUCAACGCAUUCGCAACUAGCAUCUGGGAUGAAAGUCUCUAUAGAGCAUGGAGUAGAAUCGUGCAAACUCAAAUCCCCGCUCUUCAUAUCCUCGAAAAACACCUCUCGCAACUAGCAGCCACUUGUUCUGCAAGCGAAGUCGUACUUUUCGAACGAACGACUUUUCUCGUCAUUGCCAAAUCUACACCCUCCUCCCUUUGCUCCUCCAACACCACCACUUUAGCAAAUCACGAGUAUGAAGAAGAAGAAGCAGGUUUAGAAGGCUUCCGCGAUACAUCCACCCGAACCUCCACCCCAUUAGGGUCGGGUUUCAUCCAACCUCCCACCUCAACCCCUCUCUCAUCAACCCGCACCGCAACAACAUGGGAUCCAGAAAGAUUCGAAAAAGUAUCAGAGUUGAUCAAAAACUUCAAGCUAUCAUGCCAGAAACUUCCAGCGAAAACAAGUCAGUGCGAGUUCCAGGCGGUGGAACUCAAAGCACCCAACUUGUCCGCCUACAUCGAUAGCCUAACCAGUAACACAUACAUUAUGAUAUUGCUCACCGAUCUGCAAGUGCAGUUGGCAAGUGUCAAGUUAAAUGUACAGUUGGCUAGGGACCAUUUUGAACGUCUGCAGGCAAUCAAUCUCAGAUCCUAG